AUGAGUGUGGACGUGAGGCCUUCAACGUCAAAAGAUGAUAGGCGUAGGCCUACGCCUACCAUUGAUUUAACUGAGAGUCAACCUGCACUGGCAGAAAAGAAGAAAUAUGUAGUAUUUGUCCCACCAGAGUACGUUGAAAAAGUUAGCAGUACAGAUAAAUCUACGAUUUACAAGUGCUUGAUGGGUUGUUUAAACAAAACCGUUACAGUGAACCACACAACUCUUCAUAAUGUUCGCAGACAUGUUGAGGUAGAUUUACAUUUAAAUGCUCUUUUACUUUCUACAACUGUACAACACAAAACUCAGAGUUUGUUAAAAAAACGUCGCGAUUCAGGGAAAGAUGUGUUUGGUGCUCAGACAGUAAUUGACAAACAUUUGGUUAACACAAAAGAGCCAUCGACCUCUAAGCCCAUUGUUACUCAAGCCGACUUGGACGACAAAAUUAUGGAUUUUAUUGUAAGCGACAUGAAUGCUUUAAGGAUAGUUGAGAAAGAAGGUUUUCUCGGGCUCAUGGGAGGCCUUGUUGGAAAGUUGAAAAUAAAAGUAAUGAUAACUGACAGUGGCUCUAACUUCCUCAAAGCUUUUAAAGUAUUCGGAGGGAAUGAACUGACUGAGGAUCAAGACGAUUUGCAAAAUUAUGACGACGAAGAUUGUGAGAAUGACGAUGACGUUGUCUACAUAGACUUAGAUCAAAUCUUUCAAGAACAUGCACAAGAACAAAUAUUAGUGGAAAAUGAAGAUGCAGAUUCUGAAACGGAAAAUGAAUGCCGAGAAUGAAUCAAAUUGCCUUAUCACGUUAAGUGUCCAUGUCAU